AUCAGCAGCGCCAACUUCAUUUCAUUAUAGUGCGGAGACGCUCACCGCUCCCAACAUCCUCAGGCCAUUGCAAUGAAGAUAUCCGUGGAUAAACCAAAGUCAUUCUCUUUUUGCCUACUGAAUGUGUUUUUUUCACGCUCAAUCCAGUGACGUAAGUUGUAAUAUGCUUUUAUAUUGAGUGAGAGCAAUAUUCGUCGCGCGUCAUCGUCAAAUGCGCGCGCCCGUACAAAUCCUCAAAAACCUGCAGAAAGACACUCAGGGCUCGUAUUGUUAGAGAAGCGGAGUGAGGUCCCACACGUGAAUGGUUUCAACUCGAGAGAUUUGACAUUUGGUGCUCUUCCUCACACAGAUGAAAAUUUACAUCUCAUAAAUGCGUGGCAACCCCAGUCAUACCCCACACCGGAUAAUGGACACGCAUUGAAAAAUUCUGGAUCUGUCACAGCAAAAUGGAGAAGCAUAUCCGUGCAAUUUCAGUCUUUUGUCAACCAACAGAUAAUUAAUGAAGGAAUGGCGGAGCUCAGAUUUUCUUGAUAUAACCGUCCUUUGCAAGUCGCAGCGCAUACGGACAUGCCAUGGAUCUCCUUUGGGUUCUAUACUCCAUGCUGACUGUAUGUAUGGCCAUCAAUUUGGAAGCUACUGGGAGCCAUAGCAUGUUUACCUGUGAGCCUAUCACAUUAAGGAUGUGCCAGGGCCUCUCCUACAAUACCACCUUCAUGCCCAACCUUCUAAAUCACUAUGACCAGCAGACCGCUGCUCUCGCCAUGGAGCCCUUUCAUCCUAUGGUGAACUUGGAGUGCUCUACUGAAAUACGCCCUUUCCUGUGUGCCCUUUACGCACCCGUGUGCACAGAGUACGGCCGUGUGACCCUGCCAUGUCGGCACCUGUGCCAGCGUGCCAAGAGCGAUUGCUACAAGCUCAUGGACAUGUUUGGGGUCAGCUGGCCAGAUGAGAUGGAGUGUAGCAGGUUUCCAGAAUGUGACGAGUCUUACCCCCGAGCGAUAGACCUGCUCCCGAGCAGUGACGGCACGGAGGAAUCUCCCUCGUCGGUUCAGCGGGACUAUGGCUUCUGGUGCCCACGAGAGCUGAAGAUCGAGCCUGACUUGGGCUACUCGUUUAUGGGCGUCCGCGACUGCUCACCUCCCUGCCCGAACAUGUACUUCCGCAAAGAUGAGCUCAUCUUCGCCCGCUAUUUUAUCGGCGUCAUUUCCAUUGUCUGCCUGUCGGCGACACUCUUCACCUUCCUGACCUUUCUAAUUGACGUCGGGCGCUUCCGCUACCCUGAACGACCCAUCAUCUUCUACGCGGUCUGCUACAUGAUGGUGUCCCUGGUCUUCUUUCUGGGCUUCCUGCUGGAGGAGCGCGUGUCGUGCAACGCAGCGAGCCCGGGUCGUUUCCGCGCCGCCACCGUCACCCAGGGCUCCCACAACAAGGCCUGUACGCUGCUCUUUAUGACACUCUACUUCUUUACCAUGGCAGGAAGCGUUUGGUGGGUCAUUCUCACCAUCACCUGGUUCCUGGCAGCUGUUCCCAAAUGGGGAAGUGAGGCUAUCGAGAAGAAGGCUUUGCUGUUCCAUGCAGUGGCUUGGGGCGUCCCGGGGGCCCUCACCAUCACCCUCAUGGCCAUGAACAAAAUCGAGGGUGACAGCAUGAGCGGCGUGUGUUUUGUGGGGCUCUACGACCUCAUGGCCUUGCGCUGGUUCCUCUUGGUGCCUCUCGCACUGGACGUGGUCGUAGGUGUGGUGCUGCUGUUAGCCGGUAUCGCUGCGCUAAAUAGGGUCCGAAUGGAAAUUCCCCUAGAGAAGGAGAACCAGGACAAACUGGUGAAGUUCAUGAUCCGAAUCGGUGUGUUUUCCAUCUUGUAUCUUGUGCCACUCCUGACAGUCAUUGGAUGCUAUCUGUACGAGCAGAGCCACAGAUCAGUGUGGGAGACCACCUGGGUACAGGAGCGCUGCAGAGAGUACCACAUCCCCUGCCCCUUUAAGGUGGAAAAGACAAGCAGGCCAGAUAUCGCCUUGUUCCUCAUCAAGUACCUGAUGAUGCUGGUGGUGGGCAUCCCGUCAGUGUUUUGGGUCGGCAGUAAAAAGACCUGCUUCGAGUGGGCCAGUUUCUUCAACGGGCAACGCAAAAAAGACAGUGCAGUGCACGAGAGCAGGCAGGUGCUGCAGGAGCCCGACUUCACCCAGCUCCUCCUCAGGGACCCCAACACCCCAGUGGUGAGGAAGUCUAGAGGCACUUCAACGCAGGGCACCUCCACUCACGCCUCCUCCACGCACCUCGCCAUGUUGGACGAGCCCCCCAGCGCCAGCACCAGCCGCGCCAGCAGCGUGCGCAGCAAAUCGAGCAGCUUCCACGGCAGCCUGCACCGCUCCCGAGAUGGAAGAUACACAGCUUGCAGUUAUCGUGGUGUCGAGGAACGUCUCCCUCACGGGAGCACCCUGCGCCUUAAUGAUCCGCUCCAGCACUGCGGCGUCAACCGCCUCGACAGCCAUUCGCGGCACGGCAGCCUGCAGCGUCUGGAGAGCCAAUCGCGGCACAGCAGCGUGCGGGACCUCAGCAUCACAGCGCAGGCCAUUCAGAGCAGCCCUGGCAACGGCAUUCACCGCGUCGUAGAGGAGGACGCGACCAAGGCGUGAACUUUAACGCGCCAACAAAUAGAGACCAAAUGAGCAAAGAGAACAUGGACUCUUCUGGUGAAAACUCCUCACAAUGGAGCGCGCAAAUACGAGAGCAUUCAAACUUCACAGUGCACUAUGUGCGUUCUCUGGGAAUUGAACCCACAACCUUGCCGUUGUUUGAGCCUUGUGCUACUAGUUGAGCUACGUGAACGAAAUGGAGGAUGCCAAACACUUGAAAAUGUGCAAAACUGUGCAAAAA